CACCAACCCCGACAGCCAGGGGUGACUGUGUGUGGCUAGGGAUGAUGGUGGGGAACACGUCUGAUGGAACAGCCAGGAACUGCAGCCAGCCCCGUGUCCGGAAGCAUGUUCAGCUGGGUCAGCAAGGAUGCUCGCCGUAAGAAGGAGCCGGAGCUCUUCCAGACGGUGGCCGAAGGGUUGCGGCAGCUCUACGCGCAGAAGCUGCUGCCCCUGGAGGAGCACUACCGCUUCCACGAGUUCCACUCGCCGGCGCUGGAGGACGCCGACUUCGACAACAAGCCCAUGGUGCUCCUGGUGGGCCAGUACAGCACGGGCAAGACCACCUUCAUCCGCCACCUGAUCGAGCAGGACUUCCCGGGAAUGCGCAUCGGGCCCGAGCCCACUACCGACUCCUUCAUCGCCGUCAUGCACGGCCCCACCGAGGGCGUGGUGCCCGGCAACGCGCUCGUCGUCGAUCCGCGGCGCCCCUUCCGCAAGCUCAACGCCUUUGGCAACGCCUUCCUCAACAGGUUCAUGUGUGCCCAGUUGCCUAACCCCGUCCUGGACAGCAUAAGCAUCAUCGACACGCCUGGAAUCCUCUCCGGAGAGAAACAGCGCAUCAGCAGAGGGUACGACUUUGCGGCGGUCCUGGAGUGGUUCGCUGAGCGCGUGGACCGCAUCAUCCUGCUCUUUGACGCCCACAAGCUGGACAUCUCCGACGAGUUCUCGGAAGUCAUCAAGGCCCUGAAGAACCACGAGGACAAGAUCCGCGUGGUGCUGAACAAGGCCGACCAGAUAGAGACCCAGCAGCUGAUGCGGGUCUACGGGGCGCUCAUGUGGUCCCUGGGGAAGAUCAUCAACACGCCCGAGGUGGUCCGGGUGUACAUCGGCUCCUUCUGGUCCCACCCGCUGCUCAUCCCCGACAACCGCAAGCUCUUCGAGGCCGAGGAGCAGGACCUGUUCAAGGACAUCCAGUCCUUGCCGCGCAACGCAGCCCUGCGCAAACUCAACGACCUGAUCAAGCGGGCGCGGCUAGCCAAGGUCCAUGCCUACAUCAUCAGCUCCCUCAAGAAGGAGAUGCCCAAUGUCUUCGGAAAGGAGAGCAAGAAGAAGGAGCUCGUGAGCAACCUGGGGGAGAUCUACCAGAAGAUCGAGCGGGAGCACCAGAUCUCCCCCGGCGACUUCCCGAGCCUCCGCAAGAUGCAGGAACUCCUCCAGACCCAGGACUUCAGCAAGUUCCAGGCCCUGAAACCCAAGCUGCUGGACACAGUGGAUGAUAUGCUGGCCAACGACAUUGCCCGGCUCAUGGUGAUGGUGCGACAGGAGGAGUCCCAGAUGCCCUCCCAGGCGGUGAAGGGCGGCGCCUUCGAGGGCACCAUGAACGGGCCCUUCGGGCAUGGCUACGGCGAGGGCGCCGGCGAGGGCAUCGAUGACGUCGAGUGGGUGGUGGGCAAGGACAAGCCCACCUACGACGAGAUCUUCUACACGCUGUCGCCUGUCAACGGCAAGAUCACGGGGGCCAACGCCAAGAAGGAGAUGGUCAAGUCUAAGCUGCCCAACACGGUGCUGGGCAAGAUCUGGAAGCUGGCCGACGUGGACAGGGACGGGCUGCUGGACGACGAGGAGUUCGCCUUGGCCAACCACCUCAUCAAGGUCAAGCUGGAGGGUCACGAGUUGCCCGCCGACCUGCCCCCGCACCUCAUCCCCCCCUCCAAACGGAGGCACGAGUGACCGGCCCUGCCCCACCCCCGC